GACAGUUCGAGCUUUUAGGUUAAGCGACAGUGGUUACCCGUGUUUCAUAUAUUUUUUUAAAUAAAAUCAGAUCAUUUAUUUAAAAUGAAAGUUGAAGAUGAAAAUAACUUUAAACUGAGACCCAUGAAAUGUGAACUUAAUUAUCUCAGUAAAUCAGACGGGUCGGCAAUUUUAGCACAGGGCGACACCGUAGUUUUGGUAAGCGCAAAUGGUCCACUAGACAUCAAGUCGAGCAGUCAAAGCAUCGAAAAAGCUACGCUUGAGGUGUUGUUCUGUAGUAAAGGCGGCAAGCCGUCGGUAGCGGAUCGAUAUAAAGAGAAUAUCGUAAGACAGACAUGUGAAACAGCCAUAUUGGGAUGCCUGUAUCCUCGCACUGGGAUUUCUCUAACAAUACAAGAACUUGAAGACUUUGGUGGAUUACUCACCUGCUCAGUGAAUUGUGCUUGCCUGGCCUUGCUCAACUCCGCUAUCUCGAUGCGGCACAUGGUGGCGGCUGUUAGCUGUGCCGUCGGCGACGAUGGAAACCUGGUGCUCGAGCCAAGCCACGAGCUGGUGCAGAGCGCCACGGCGCUUUUGUACUUCGUGUUCGACAGCCGAGAGAAAAAUCUUGUUACCGGUUUCACUGAGGGCAGUUUCAGCGAGAACACUUAUGAGGAGGCGCUCGCUAGAUGUCGCGUCGCUAGCGACGUUGUCUUUGACUUCUACCGCGACAUCGUUAAACAAUACUCUGAUGUUAUUUGACAUCCAGUUUCUGGACCCUCACGUGGAUGGACACCAAUGGAAUGAAAGUUGAAUAGAAUAUGUUUUGGUAUAAAUAUUUCUUACACAGGGAAUUGGUUUUGAAAGAUAAUUCUAUUGGUAGUGAUUUGGUUACAACUCGCGUGCUGUGAGAAUCAGAUGGAACUUUGUUAAAGUAUAUCGAAAGUAUAGAAUAAGCAACAAUUUUUUGAACGAGUAUGUCUCUGUUCCAAAAGGUCACAUCCUAGAUGUUAAAGAAAAGAAACACAUAUAAGAAGACACACACACACAACAAACAAACUCACAUAUUCUUGUUGAUAUUUAUAGAGAGUCUUUGAGAGAAAACAUAUUGUACAUAAUAAUUUUGUGUCACAUAUGAAAGGAUUGUUUUUGUUUGAUCGGGAUUGUUACUCCUUAAUAUAGAUUAUUUUAUAACCUAGCGAGGAGUACAGCUACACCCACCUGAUUGGAAUUCAAUUAAAUUGUACAAAUAAAAUUGUAAUAUUUACCAUGUUCAAUCUCUAUUAUGAAUAAAGAUAUAUUAUUAUUAUAUAUUCUUAUGCCGCUAUGAUUAUAUCGACAAGUGAACAUAUUAAUGACAUAUUAUUAUCCAUAAAAACAACAGACAUUAAAUGUAAUUAUUUUUACAUAGAAUUAAAAAAAUAUGUAUUGUAAGUUUAAUUAAGAAGAUUAAAGUAUCGAUGUGUAAAUAAAUAAUAAUUAUUUAAAUUUUUUAAAUAGGAAACAAUAUUGUGUUCCGUAUUUUUAUAAUGUACGAGUUAAUAUAAGUGUUUUAUUAAAAACAAACUUAUUCGGCAUUAUUUUUAAAGUAUUCGUGUACUUAAGUAUGAUUAAGUGUACAGCUUGUGUUAGUAGUGGGGACGACAAUAGCCAUAGACAAGGGACGACAUUGAACUUGAGACCUUUAAAUUUUUUUUUAUAUAGUAUAGGUUGGUGGGCCAGCUGAUGGUAAGUGGUCACCAACGCUCAUAGACUUUGGCAUUAUAAGAAAUGUUAACCAUCGCUUACAUCGCCAAUGCGCCACCAACCUUGGGAACUAAGAUGUUAUGUCCCGUGUAAUUAGUUUAUUUAAUUAGCCUGCUGGUAAAUGGUUUGUAGUGUAUACAUAUACAUACAGUGACUAAAACCGAAAUAACCAGCUAUGGGCGUUGGUGACCACCUACCAUCAGGUGGCCCAUAUGCUCGUUCGCCUUCCUAUUCUAUAAAAAAAAGGCUGAAUGGGCUAGAGCCUAGAGCGGCAGAUUUGAUGUUUGUUACAACUGAGGCAGAGUGACUAAAAAAAAAGUUAAAAUCUUACCAAUGAUUUAUCAUUCAUCCUUUGCACUGUACAUGCAACAUAUAUAAUUAUAUUGUUGUGGAAUUUAAAUAAGGAGGAAAACUACAUUUUUUUUUCGCUGGAAAAACGCAUUUACGCGUUUCCCCCACUUGAGGUGGGGGGUAUGUGGGACUCGCCGGCACUGAAGGCGCCGGAAUACCCACUAAAAAACCAGCGGUACCCACUCCGUCUUGUCGAAGGGGCGUCACGGGAUCGCUUGCGCAUCCUACCGUGAGAGGAAAACUACAUAGCUUAUACUUGGAAAAUAUGUAAAUCCGUUACUAGUCUCCAUGCUGAUUUAUCUGUAGUAAAGUUAUAAGACCGGGAUGGUUGGCGUUCUAUGGGGAGGCGUUCGUCCAGCAGGGACGGCGAUAAGCGGAGAUGAAAGUUAUCAUGUGACAGGGGCAGAAUAUUUGGUGAUCAGCUACUGUGGAUAUACGCCAGAAAAAAAAGUGUUGAAAGUUAAAACGUUUAAAAUUAUAUAUAUUUUUGAUAACAAUUGUGUUUCUUUUUCUUGGAUAUUUUACUUAAAUACAUUUAUAAUGUAAUAUACAUUCUAAAGUAUUUUUCAUUAUGUUUGUAG